UCCGCAACAAAUAUGGCUACACCACCAAACCCCACCAAUACCCUCCCUCGUCCCACCUUGCCCGCCCACCAAUCCUCCUCGGAUGCUUCUCAGGCUUCGUCCACCUUCCAGAGUUACAGCAGUAGCAUGUCAAGCCUCGCCGCUUCCUCCCAACUCUCCUCAGCGCCGCUUCCCUCGCCGUCAAACUCCCGAAACACCCAAGCCUUUUUCACUUCCAUGGACGUACAACAGCACCAGCAGCAAUCCCAGCAGGAGCAGCAGCAGCAAACACAGUCAGCUUUCGCUUUCGACUAUACCCCUAAUCGACAGGGCGCUGGAGCAACCGCUGCCGAAACAAGCAAUUUCUUGAGCCAGGCGGCGUUGCUCGCUGAAGCCGCUAAACGCGCACAGAUGGCUGUGGUUAUGCGAGAUUUGGACGGCAUGGAGCUGUGA